GAGAGAGAAGCUUGCAACUUUUUCCGCGUUACAGCAGAAUCCUAGCCUUGAGUCAAGUCAGAAGUUAGUUAACGGUCGGGCAGACAACAUGGGUCGGCGUGUAGCUGAAUUUCUGUUAAUUUCUGCGUUAGUUUUCGUUUCUAAAACGAGUGCCACUAAUCUGACAGAGUCUAACAGUAGUUCAACAGUUUCCGCGACGAAGAACCUAACUGAUUCUACAAGUUUUUCUAGGGUUAAUAAUUCUAGUAGUGUUUUACCCGAAACAAGUGUAUCAUCCUCUAAUCAGCGAAAUGUUUCCGCGGAUAAUCAAACACAAGUUUCUAAUAGUAAUUCAACGGUUAUCGAUAGGACAUUGUCUCCCAAUGAAACUUCCUCAACAAAAAUUGACAAAACACAGACAAAAAUUACUUACCAACUUGAAAAUUCUGCUACAUCUUCAACGAAUGCUACACAAUUACCGGAUUACAUUGACCAGGAAGAUCUUCCUUUAGAAGAGAUUCUAAAAUUUAAACGAAAAUGCUGUCCUUUGAAUAAAAGGUUUGUCGAACUUGAUUCUUGUUUCACGGCCGUUUGUGAGGAUAUACCUGUUGAUGCACCCACUGUUUACAGAUUUGAAAGUCACAAGGACUCCGAAAUCUAUGGAUUGAGAGGCGACGCCCUACUGAGUUCGACGCCGUUCCACUGUGACGGUUCAAAGCCGUUCUCCUACCCCAACGUGACGGUCAUGCCCAACGGGUCCAUGUACUUUUCCGAGGAAAAUGAAUUCGGCGAAAUUGAGAAAUCUCCAUUCGGCGAAACCGAUGCAAGCUACUACUGCCUCGACCUUGAACCCGGGACUGUCGAGUUGGUUCUGUACCGCUGUGAUGUUCGCAAAGACUCUCACCCGGUCGCCUACAAGAUAAUGAAGAUGAUUUCGGCGAUUUUCCUGACUAGUUUCAUAGUGGUUUACAUGAUGAAGCCUCAACUGCACACGCUGCACAACCGAUGCCUCAUGCGACUCAUGAUCUGUCUGCUGGGCAAAUGUGUGUUGUCGCUCAUAUUCCACAUGAAUUUCUGGAAAUGCGGAUGGGUGUGGGUUUUCCAGUACGCAACUGCGGCUGGAGCCUAUUUCUUCUACAUGGCAACCUUUUGUUGGACGACCGUUAUUUGCUAUGAUAUUUGGGCCAAAAUAAGGUAAAAAUCGCAAAUUUCACAAGCAUAAAAGCAUAGAAAUAUGUCUAAC